GCCACCCGCGCGAUCAUGUUCCCGCUCGAUGUCCGUACUCUCAUCUCGCCGUGAGUCGUUGUCGUCGAGGUUCGUGACACAUAUAACAGACUGCUACAUGGCCUCACACCCGCCAAGAUCGCCCCGCACCAGGACGCGGCGAAGUUCUGGUCGGACGUGUUUGAGCUGGAGGUCGACUCCGAGUACCUCUCAGCGACAUUGAAUGAACUGGGCAAGGAGGCUUGUCUGGGAACUGUCAAGUAGCCGAGUUUGAAUGCGAUCGUUCUGGCGUGUCUGCAUGCUGCCCGUACUAGGCCUGACGAGACUCCCGCAAGCCCAUGCGGUGUGGACACUAUCCAUACUGAGCAAAUGUAUGUUGAGGAAGAAUUUGACGGGAUGGGAGGUCAUGGAGAUCUUCGCGGGAGGAGUGAAUGAAAGCGACAAGGUCUUCAGCGAACUGACAUCCAUGAUUGACGAGAUUCUUGGGGACAUGGCAGUGAUCUUCGUGUCGGGCACCAGUCAGCUCAGCCCUGGGGCUUACUUCCUUCGGCGCGAUCUGUUUCCUUGCAUUGCGACGGUUCCAUUCACAUUCGAAGCCUCCGUUCUGCUUGCCCUUCUCUCCAACUUCCACAAGUCAGACGCGGCCAAGCUCAACCCUUACCUCAAAUGCCUGAGGGAAACGAAAAAUGAGCGGUUAAUGCGCAAGAUCUGCUGGGCCUCCAACUUCGCCGCUGAUGCAGUCGUGAAAGCAUACCAAAACGUCUUAGACGACGCGCCGCCCUCGUUGAGUGCGACGUUCGGGACAUUCCUUUCCGCCAUGCGCCCAGAUCGGGCGUUGUCGUCUACACCAGUUGACCAACCUCGUGAACUCUUCAAAGACCAACCUAUAGAGGCCUGUGUCAUACUAUUGCCUAUAUUCGAAUUCUUGCACGCCAAUGAAAGCUUCCACACCAUCCUACUGGAACCAUUGACGACUGAUGCAGAACAACAAGCCACUUCACGGAUCCCCUCACUGCCCUACACACUGCUAACAGUCGCUUCGUACUUGCUCACGCACGCAUCAUCCGUGCAUGCACCGCGCGCCAUAGGCUAUGCUCAUCUAUCACUCAACAUAUUGCUCGUCAUGGCGGAGAGCAAGAUCAUCAUGGAGUUAUUCUGCAACAAGGGUGAUGCAGAUAUCAGGCUGUGCCGUCAAAGACCCCCAUUACUCCCGCUUACAGGGCCUCGCCCGCCUGUUUGUGCUGUACUUGACUGUUGUGUCCUUUGGUUGCGGCACAAUCUUCACAAACGUCUGGAGGUUCACUCUUACUUGAACUGUUCUCACGUAUGUUAUCAUGUCUUGUGGUACCUGCAAAGAGAACGUAUCCGUCUAGACUAUCAUUGGACAGAAUUGUGGAGGGCCCUGAUAGGGCUCCUCGACUUCCUUGCCAACAAGCUAGACAACCUCGUUACCACCGGUGGAGUAGAACAGCUUAUUCACGAGACGUUGAUGAACCUCGAUCUUGCACUGUGUCAUACAGGGGCCAUCCUACCGAAUGCCGCCGCUGUGCACGAGCUAGUGUACGAGGUAGCUCGCUCGGCCGAGGUUUUCAGGAAGCAGCAGAUCGUCCUGGAGAAGCUGGCUCUACCCGGGUCUACUUCCAGACGGCAUUCCGUGAUGGACACUAAUAGCUCGGAUGCCCUGGCCAAUAUCCUUGCGGUGACGACCCACUACGAAGUCAGUAUACGAGAGGCGAAAGCGACCUCGGCAAGGAGCGCGCUGCGAGCUGUGGCCAAAGAGAUUGACCGCGACGGUCUCAGCUAUGGGAGAAACCUACACGUCGACGAGCCACCGAGACAAGCUGAAGACGUUGUGGGGAUGGUCCGUUAUGCCUACGCGGAUGCCAUGUCUCUCAUGCCUUGAUUGAGGAGCCUUUGGCUUGCUGUUAUGAUCCCUACUAUUAGCUGGUCACGGUUGUGUGAGGAGUUGCACUUCUGUGUAGUUUUGCACUGAGCAGAUGUAUUGAUUUAUUACUUCAUCUCACCUA